AUGGGGGCGAGUGGGGACAGCCGGGGGCAGAGCACGUGUCCCGGGACGAACCGGUGGGAGGGGGACAGGCAGGAGCUGCGGGUCCCCCGGGUCCCGCAGGCGGCGGCUCCGUGCCGAGAGCCCCGGGAUAGGUCCCGCUACCGAGCCUCGAGCAGCCGCCACGGGCCCCGGCGGCUGUUCGGGCUGUUCGGGCGCUGGGGUCGUGCCUUGCCCGCCGCCCCACUGGUGCCGUUGUUGGCACGUGGAGACUGGGUCGGGUUCGGGCUGAACCGGAGGCUCCCAGCACGGGCAGAGUGCGCUGUGCUCGUGGAAUGCUGCGCGCAGCUUUGCCCCGCUCUGGGCAGCGGAACCAGCUCUGCUCUAAGCUCUGCCGACCCUUGCGCCCACCUGGGCACAGCUACGGGGGAGCGCUGCCAGACAGAUCGCCCGGGGCGAGGAGCCGGCACAGGGCAGCCGCCCACCCCAGAGGCCGUGGGGCAGCUGUGGACCGAGGCUGAAGUGCUGCCCUUCCCUGGGACCCUCGCCGGGACAGCCCGGCUCUCCAGCCCGCAGGACAGCCCCGGAGGCCCCGGGCAGGGCAGGGAGGGGACAGGGCCGGCUGUGCGGGGUGGAACAAGCGCCGAGCCCCUGGGACCCCUGGGCUCCGCAGGCACCACCGGACAGGCAGCUGAAGGCAGGGAGCUGCCAUCCCCUGCCAGUCUGGGGGUCACCAGUGCAGGGGCCCCAGCCCCUGCGGAGGCAGGGACAGACCCUGCAGCCAUGCACCCCCCGGGCACUGACCCUGUAGGACAUGGGACAGUAGAAGGUGUCACCAAGGUGCAGGGGACACUUUCACAUGCAUCACCCUCUGUGACAGUGCCAAGUUCUUCCAGGGGACGGUGGAGGUCCAGCAGCACCCUGCUGGGAUGGGGGGCCACAGGGACAGCCCUGGUGCCGAGCCAGAAUGACUCUCUCCAGCUCCGUGACAGCAGCCCAGGGACCCACCCGAGCACCGUGCUGGCCACUGACAGCUCAGCACCAGGGACAACAGGGACAUCCCCCUCUGCUGGGGGGCUGCAGAGGCUGCUGAUCCCCACAGGGACACUGCAGGGGACACACUGGGGGCUGCCAGGGCUGUCAGAAGGACAGGGCUUCGCUUCCCGCCCACGGGAGGGUCCCCGCUCUGCCCCUCGUCCCUCUGCACUGUCCCUUGGGGCUAGUGGGGGCCCUUUGGCCAGCACAGCCUGGCCAGCCGUGGGGACAGGCCCAGCCUUGCUGCCUACUGCACGCAGGGACUCAGGUCUGCCUGUCCCCACCACCAUGGCCAGCACCCCAGGGGUGACAAAUCCUGGCCAGGGAGGAGCCCUGGACCUGACUACAGAGGUCUUGGGCCCACCUGACAGGAGGAGUCCCUCUGAGCACAGUCACAUCCCCCUGAGCCCGUCAGCCAUACCAGGGCAGUCCCCUGCUCCCCUGGCUCCUGGCAGCACCACUGUGGCACAGGGUGGGGUGACACGUGCCAGUCCUGGAUCCUCCCCCACUCCCCUGUCCCCACAGCCUGUCCCAGCCAGUGGCUCUGCAGUGACCCUGCUGUCCACCCCGCUGCCUUCCCCAGGGACCGGCUGGGGGGUUCUGGGACUCGGCCCCACUGUGGGCACCCCCCUGGGAGACCUCUCCCCAGGGCUGCCCCAUUCCAGCUCGAGGGUGGGUCAGGCUGAGAGCCCUCCAUCCCUGGGGGGGACCAAGGUGGGAGUGGGCAGCCUGGCACCCCCCUCAGCGCCUGGGCCUCCCCAGCAGCCAGCUUUGCCCCAGCCUGCAUCUUCCCAGCCUGCAUCUUCUCUGGGACCGACCACUGCUCUUGGUGUCACCACCACUGGUGUCGCUGCCACCACCAUCACAACAGCCACCAGCCCAGAAAGGCUCGGGGACAUGGGGACAGUCACAGCAGAGCCUCGUGCUGCUGUACUGCAGACCGAUGUGGUGGGGCUGACAUGGGGGUCCCCAGCUCAUGUGCCCACCGUGAUGCCUGGGGCCCCCCAGCAGCCCACAGAUUCCCAGGGUGGUAGCCCAGGGGCUCCCCCAGCUGCUGUGGACACAGAUCUGGUCCAGCCGUCGAGCAGCCCCAGAGGGAGGACAGACACUGAUGCCGCCCAGGCUGGGGUGGGCAGGGCUCCCCAGGUGUUCAUCGUGGAGGAUCAGCCCCCACUCCUGAGAGCAUCCCUCCUGCGCAUCCCCUGUGAGCUGGUGCUGGACAUGGGGUUCGUCCCGGCGCUGCAGGACCCCGGCUCCCCAGAACGCCAGGAGCUGCUGCACAGCUUCAACCAGACGGUUACUCCCCUGUUCACGGCGCUGCCCGGGUUCCUGCGGCUGGAGGUGACAGGCGUCAGGGAGGGCAGCGUGGUGCUGCGCUACGAUGCGCUGUUCGCGGCGGAGCAGCUGCCGGGGCCGGGGCUAGACGAGCUCCUGGAGAGCGCGCUGGGCUCCGCCCGUGCCCAGCCGGGGCUGGCGGUGGGCACAGCGCCCGUGCUGCGCCACGGGGCUCUGGCGCGGCCGCUGGACCCCUGCGCUCUGCUCUUCGCUUGCCCGUCCGGCUUCGCCUGCGUGCCCCGGGCGGACGGGAACGUGACCUGCACCUCCCUCUGCCACCGUGACUACUGCAAGAACCAUGGCAUCUGCUCCCACGCCCGGGACCACCAGCCCCGCUGCCAGUGCCCCGUGGGCAGCGACUUCUGGUUCAUGGGGCUGCGCUGUGACUACCGGGUGACACAGCAGGGCCUGCUGGGCAUGGCGGCCGGGGUCCUGCUCAGCAUCCUCCUCCUGGGCGCCGUCCUCGCCGCCGUCGCCGUCCGCCGCUUCAAGGCGCUGCUGCUGGAGGCCAGGGCGGACCAGACCCGCAGCAGCUAUCGCCGUUUCUGCCGCCUGGACGAUGUCUCUGCCCAGUACUGGUCCCACUCGGGGCUGCCCUCGGCCAGCUCGCUGGACAACCCGGCCUUCAGCAACUCGGAGGAGCUGCUGCACCUCCAGGUGCUGGACAGCGGCUGCUGCGGCUGCCGGGGGGACUCGGGCAGCGCCAAGCGGGGCCCGGCGCCCUGUGCCCACCCGCACUGCCAGCCCAGUUUCCAUUACGACUGGGACACCAGCUCCAGCAGCAUGAAUGACCCUAUGGUGGACUCGGGGAAAGCCAGUGACAUCUCCGUGUCGAGCUGGCCCAUGGAGCCCAUCCAGUGGGCUCCCUUCCCUCUCCUCCACCAGCUUUCCAGGCAGCGACAGCACAAGGCUCGCUGGCCGCAGUCGUUCAGUGAGGGGCUGGAGCUGGGCACGCUGGAGCGGAGCUGGACGGCCUGAGGCCACGGACAACACACAGCCACGAGGUUCAGCUUUAAAACCAACCACAUUUUAUUUCCACGUAACGAGCUCAGUGAAGGAAUUCCACACACUUGGACGAUACAAUCAACGCGGGUGUGAUGUCAGUGAUGUCAGUCCCAGCGGGGCAGGGCCCGGCCAGCCCGGCCCCGGUUCCUGUCCGCGCCUCGCCAGCUCUGGCUGGGACUGCGGACUCCAGAGCAGGCAGAUACAGAGAGGUGUCAGGACACACAGUGCUGGCAUCCACCAGGUCAUGACUUAGAGGGGCAGUCUGGCAGAAAGGCUGGCGGUUCUGGAGGGCACAUCAGCUCUGGGCACACGGGCUCUGCCCCACGGCCGCCGCAGGGAGAGACGCGAGAGCGCUGCUGCGUCGUUCAUCAUGAUUCAUGUCAAUGAGGUAUAAACACCAGGAUGUUGUAAGCAUUAAAGUUUAUUUUCCAAAAUGCUCUCCUUAUUCGCACGUGUCCUCUGGAGCAUCGAGCUGGGCACAAAUGGUGGGGGCUGGAAAUGGGGCGCUGUACGGAGGGCAACGGGGUCCCAAAGGUGCUCGGAUAGAAAAGGAAAAGCAAGCUGCAGUUCUACACUUAGACUCUCAUAGUCUCAGAGGGGGCACGUUGAGGGAGAUUUUUGCUAGAAUAAAAUGCAGAUCUCUUCAUAAAAAAAUCAGUUUGCUAAAAGAAAACUCAACCUAUGGGAAUACAGAGCUAUCGGAUCGGUCGAUAUUCUCAUCGUAUAGAAAACAGCCUACAAAUAAAGUCACAAAAAAUAGACAGUUAUAUGCUGAGCAGCCAAAAACAUCAUGAUUUAUUAAUAUCUGGAGAAACUUCAUAAUUCAAACACAACCAAACUGUACAUUUUACAAUCACAUUCUAUUUGUAAACAGUUAAAAGCCACUGACUUCUUUUGCAUCUUCGGACACAAACAUUAGAAUCAAGGCAAUGAAAUGAUGGCGAUUUCUGCACUGUUAAAAUUUUUACCCUUGCCUAGUCUGCAAUGCAUGGACUAAACAAGCAUUCAAUAAUACCUUUUGUGGCAAGAGGAUGUAACUCGUUCACUUUUGCGAGAAAGAACUUGUGAGAACUUUGUCAACAUUAAAACUCGAUACACACACGAUCUGUAAGCCCAGCCCGUGGUUACAGGAUGCAUAGUUACUCAGGUCGGCUUGGGGACACGGCCCCACGGUAACACAGUCACAGAGCAGGAACAGCCACUCGAUGGGAUUACAAAAACUCGGAUAACUACGGAUUAUUAGCAAACCACCACCACUCACUAAGAAAAGACAG